AUGAAGUUGGUGGAAAAAGAGGCUCAUAGAGCAAAUAGCGCGUUGCCAGUGUCUAACAUCAAGAUUCGUCACAUCUGCAGCGAGCGUACCCGUGCUGCUGAUCUUUCGUCUCUUAUCAUGGCGUCAUUGCCACGCCUGCCGUUUACGCUCGCCUCCACGUAA